AUGAGAAUCAGUGGUGGACCAGCAGCGGCCGCCUUCGCGGUUGUACUUUUUCCGUCUCAGAUAACGUACCCCUUCCGUAUCUGUGGGCACGUCGCCGGCUUGGUUUCUUGCCAGCGCUUGGAACAGCUGAACAAUGGUCCGUGGCCGUCCGUGAGCGCAGUAAACGCAUCGGGUGUGAUACCCCGUGCCGGAUCGCACGGCCAACAACAGUGCGAGUCAACCGUAGAUGCUCGCGAAGACGAUGAAGGAGCAAGGCAAACCCUAUACGCUGCAUGUCGCCCUGGGAUGUCGAUGCUCGGCGGCGCGGCACCCGGCAACACGUCGAUAGUGACGGAAAAGCAAGAGUCAUGUGCUGACAGCGGUGCCGGGGCUGGCAGCGACGGGAAUAUCUUUCAGGCGUGGCAGCCCAGUGACGCCAUAAUGUGGCAGGCGCAUGGUGAAACACAGGCACGUCAUGGAACGGCUCUUUCUCGGUCGGGUACCUAUGACUACUCUCUGGGACCGGCCCAUCCGGGACUGAGGGAUGACCGAGUGGAGCACCCAGGCGGAGGCGGGGCCGCUCACGCUCACGGGGCGGUCGAACGUGAAACAUCGCCGGACGACCCCAGCAUCGCGAUGACCCCCGCACUGGGUACGAAUGUGGGGCGGCACCGCCGCAUAACUGUGGAAGCUGUGGAAGCUUCCAAGGUGGCGCACGGUGCGCCCCACGUGCUCCACCACCUGUCAGAUGUGUUACUAGCUGUCAGGAGUGGCCGCGCGGAGGGCGCGAAGUUUCCCACCUUCGCGAACCCAGGCCUGCAGAAGUAUGAAGCGGAGAGGGGCUCUACGUUAUUUCAAGGCACGCGGGAAACCGUCACCACAGGCACAGCCUCAAGAUACAGCGAACCGCAUCCCGGACCAUACACGCCGUCAAUCGCCGGAGGUGGCCCAGGCCACCAGGGACGGGUGGCAGGGUCUCCAUCAAAGACGACCCGACCCCCCCGCCGCUCAGCGAACACUGAGAGUGAUACCCGGAGCAGAGGCUGCAGUACCCACACUCUAGCCGCCCUGCAGAUGCAUCUUCUCAACAGGCAGGCAAUGAAGAGAGCGGCACCCUCUGACGGAGGGGUGGCGCGAACGGACCCCACCAGUGUUCCUGCGGCGGGAGCAAGUGCUACACCGGCCAAGUUUACACGCAUGUCCGCAGGCGAGGACCCAGGCGAUGCUCAGCAGCCGGCUGGGCCCCGACUGCGUGAGCUAUGGCCUAGUCAGGCAGGACACAAAGCCCGCAGACGCCUGCUGCCGCGAGGCCCUGCGGAUGAAGGAGCCUCAGGAUCCACUAUUUCUGGAAAGCAACAAGUUCCGUCAGCAGUAGCCAAUAAUGCCGUCGCCUUUGAACUCACGCGCAAGUACAAGCCGCACCCAUGGGCGCCUAUCGCACGUGCGCGGAGAGAUAAACCCGACCUUGACUAG